AUAUGUAAUGCAACUGACUACAACCACCAAAUCUCAUCAUCUGUCUUUAAGAUAGACGCUUAGGUGCUGAAAUCCGUAGACCGUCUGGUGGAGCUAAGCGAAAGCUCAAUCCUUUGCUGUCUUUCCUUCUUUAGCUUUGAAUUUCCCACUCCUUAUUGGUUUUGCUUUUCUUUUUCAUUUGCUUUUUUCUGUUUUAUUUUUUGGGCUUGGUAGUGGUGGGGCGUUGGUGGGGCGAGGAUUUUGAUUUUGAUUUUGACUUCUCCUGGACUUUCUGGGGAAAAUUUUUGAUGGGGAGAAUGGCAAGAUUGCCAGUGCAGUUAGCUUCUAUGGAAAUUGUUGGUUUGGUUGGGAACUGGUGGGAUGAGAUCAAUGAGUCGACUCGGUGGCAGGAUGGGAUCUUCUAUGCUCUCUGUGCUGCUUAUGCCCUUGUCUCCUCUGUUGCUCUGAUUCAAUUAAUAAGGAUUGAGUUGAGAGUGCCCGAGUAUGGUUGGACAACGCAGAAAGUUUUCCACCUUAUGAACUUCAUUGUGAAUGGAGUGCGUGCAAUUGUGUUUGGAUUUCACAAGCAAGUAUUUAUUUUGCAUCCCAAGCUUCUAACGUUGGUAUUAUUGGAUCUCCCGGGACUCCUCUUUUUUUCUACUUACACCCUGCUUGUCCUAUUUUGGGCAGAGAUAUAUCACCAGGCAAGAAGUUUGCCAACAGAUAAGCUCAGAAUUGUUUAUAUUUCAGUCAAUGGUGCAAUUUACUUCAUACAGGUUUGCAUCUGGGUAUACCUGUGGAUAGAUGACAACAGCGUUGUUGAAUUCAUUGGAAAGAUCUUUAUUGCAGUGGUAUCAAUAAUAGCUGCAUUGGGUUUCUUGUUGUAUGGAGGAAGGUUAUUUUUCAUGCUGAGACGCUUCCCUAUUGAAUCUAAAGGGAGAAGAAAGAAGCUCCAUGAGGUUGGAUCAGUUACAGCUAUAUGUUUCACGUGCUUCCUUAUAAGAUGUUUUGUGGUUCUUCUUUCUGCUUUUGAUUCAGAUGCAUCACUUGAUGUUUUGGACCAUCCAGUUUUGAAUGUGAUCUAUUACAUGCUGGUUGAGAUUCUACCCUCAGCUCUAGUGCUCUACAUCCUCCGGAAGUUGCCUCCCAAGAGAGUAUCAGCGCAAUAUCACCCGAUUCGUUAACUGCAAUGUUUCUUUAUUCUAUUGUAUUUUCCCCACAGGAAAUGGUUUUUCAUGGUUCGAAGUAGGUGAUAUUGGAGCAGGUCAGAGCCAGAAAAACAAAUCCAGACUAUUCUGGUAUGGCUCAAGAUAGCGGCAAUUCUUUUUGCAUGUACAUUACACAGCUAGUUGCAGCUUGCUUAAGGGAAGGUUUUUUAGUUGAUUUCUUAA